AGUUAUUCUAUUUUAACAUUGCUUUAUAUCAUUUAUGUGUAGAGCCGAGUUCAAAGAAGACUACCUGCGUCAACAGUAUGAAGAGAGGUUUGGGCAGGUAGGGAAGCAAAGGGAGAGUGCUGCGGCCGAGGAGCAUCAGAAAUUGAUGGAGUGGAACGAUGCGGAGAACAGGCGUCUCCGGGAACGCAGGGAGGAGCGCCAGCAACAAGAAGACAUCGCAGAGCGGGAGCGCCGUUUGAGAGGAGCUCAGUACCAGGAGUCCCUGAUGGAGAAGUUCAUUAAGGAGAGGGAGCAGGAGGUGCUCAAGUUGCAGGAAGAUGCCAAGACCUUCAUCACUCCUGAAAACCUGGACCAGCGGAUCGAGGAGUGUCUGGACAAUCCGCGCAACUACAACUAUGCCAUCGAUAAGGAAGGGAGGGUCGCCAAACGCAGCGUUUUGCCUUAGGAUACAAAGGAAGUGACUUUUUUCUUCCCAAAUGACCUCUCCUUUCCGUUUAAUCGUCCUUUCCGUCCAAACACCAGACUCCCUAUUCCUUGCAUCGUGAACAAGGAAUUGUGUCUCCUCAAUAUCUCAAUAUGCCUUGAGAUAAUUAAAUAAAUGAUGUGCAUUUGGGGGCUUUGCACUUCCAGGACUUUGCACCUCCUUCUUGAAGAGGAUUUUCUGCUCUUCUCCAAAAAAAUAAAUAAAUUGAUUUUGCUAAGAA